AUGGCAUCAAGUGAUUUUGAACCCCUUGCACUACCAGAACCAACAUAUGGUAUGGGUUUAGAACCAAUUGUUGGAGCAAACAUAUGUCAACAUUCGGACUUAAGCCUAGUUGCCAAAGUUAAACAUACAUUAGGAAAAGCAUCUUUCACGAAGCUUCAAUCUUCCUUCCUUGGGCACAUCAUCAAUCUUUCAGCCAGAGACAUUGUAUUUUCUGGGAAAAUAUUCUACUACUUGAUGCUGAGAAGGCUGAAGACAAGAGGGAGAAACUUAUGGUUUACAGUCGACAUGCAACCUCUUCGGUUUUCCAUGAGAGAGUUCUUCCUUACAACAGGGAUUCAAUGCGAACCUAUUCAUAGAGAACCAAGGAAUAACGGCAAAGAUCCAAUUAGUGAUCCAUAUUCUUGGGCGGUGAGAGGAGAUUACACUUUAACUCAACUUCAAUAUCGACUAUUUAAUGAACCAGAAGAGGGUGAAGAACCUUUGGAUGACAAGGAAAAGGAAUGCCUCGCUGCAGUUGUAUUAACAGAAGGUAUUUUGAUGACACCAAAUUCAACAGAGAAGAUACCUCUGUCUAGGCUGAAGCAUGCAUCGGAUUUCGAGAUGUAUACAGCCCAACCAUGGGGCAAGGAAGCGUAUAACAUUCUCGCCACAUGCAUUCAGAAAUUCGAUAAAAAUACUUGGUUCAAAGGUCAGUAUAGUGUCAAGGGAUUUCCCAUGGCAUUAUAUAUAUGGGCCUUGAGUGCUGUUCCAAUUUUUGGUGAUAAAUUUGCGAGAAGAUGUAAUUUUUCCAGAACAUUCUAUCCACUGAUUCUCAACUGGCAAUCAAGUCGUUUUGCAAGGUUUGAUGAUGUUGUUGAAGCUAUUAAGACAGCAACUUGUGUUGAAGUCAAAACAAUAAUUGGAGAUCCAGAAGAAUAUAAGCAUUUGGUUGAUAAAGAUGACAAUGAUUUUGAAGAAGUUAUUGGCUUGGUUAUGAAAGGCUAUAGGUUGAAGAAAGAAGAAUGGUCUACAAGAUUAGUUGAUAUUUACUGUGCUUUGGGAGAGUUGGGUGACAAAAUGGGGGAAAAAUUGCCAGACUUUGAGAAACAAGAGAAAAUGGAGAAAAAUUUGUCAGAUUCAGAAAAACUUGACAUAAUCCUCUUUAUGUUAGAUGACUUCAACAAAAGACUAGAAGCCAUUGAAGAAGCUGUCAAAACCACAUCAGGGAAAGAUAAGGAUAAAGGAUCUCACGAAGAUGAAGAUGGACAGAAUAGAAAUGAAGAGGUUAUAAAUGAAGAGGCUGGCAAACAAAAUGUUGAUGGAGAUAUUGCUAGAGAAGAUUUCGUAGAAAGCCAGUCUGCAGAUUCUGUCCGUCCAUCAAACACACAAGAUGGGAGCUACGCUGCAGAUGAUGAAAACACUCAAAAAACUGGUGGUGAUGAUGGUAAUUACUUUGAAGAAACACCAAAGGAUAAAUCUCCUUCUCCACGCCCUUCUACACCAAAAUUUGAUCUUCUUUCUGAAGAAGAUGAGGAUAGUGGAAAAGAUAAAAGCAUUGAUAAAGAGAAGGGAGCAAGCAGUAAGAAGAGAGUUUUGAGAGAGAGAAAACAGAGAAAGUGUAAGCAAAGCAAUGAUGGUGAUGAUGAUGUUAUGAACAGAAAAGAGAGGAAGAAGCGUAAACCAAGUGACAACCCAGAUGCUGAUAUUCAAGCUAGAGAAGGGCCACAGAAAAAGAAGAUUAAAUCUGAUGAUGUUGGUGGUGUGCAAAGAAAAAGUGAACGAAAUACAAUUCCUUCUAUUCACACUCAGCCGCCUUACACGGCCGAGAAGAAGAAGGACCCAAUACUUUAUCCUUUUUCCAAAGUUGAUAAGACCCGGUUAGAUGUAUUUAGUGACUGGAAGAAUUCAAGGAAAGCAAAGCAACUAACAAUUCUGGGUAAAAAAGUUGAUGCCAAGUGGUUCACAACACUAGAGACGCCAGGGAAGUCGUUAACAACAAUGCAUGUUGAUACAGUUGUGAAGUUGUUAAGCAGAAGAGAAGAAAGUCAUCCGCACUUCUAUAAAAGCAAAUCAUUGACGUUGGCUGAAACUUCUUUUUUGAGAGAGAUUGAUGAAUAUUACUCAAUAUUCGUUGACAACAAAGAUGAAUAUGAGUUCCCUGAAGAAGGAUUCAGUCAACUCUUCAAGGAAGCACCUACAAACAAAAUACUGGCGCCAAUGUUGGUUAAGGAAAGGCUUUGGAUGCCAUUGAUGAUCAAUUUGGAGAAGAAGGAGAUGAUUAUCUACGACUUGGGCAAGCAUUUCUACACCAACAAAAUUAAAGACAAACAGGUGGGUGCAUAUGCUGUUGCAAUGCCUUAUAUUGCCCAGAAGAAGUUUGGGAUGAAAAAUGAUACAAAGAAAUCUCCGUUCAGAAUCAGUAUUAUAAAUUGCAUACCUCAGGUUGAUAAGAUUGAAGAUAGUGGUGUCUUCAUGCUGAAGACAAUCGAAUGUUUGGCUAUGAGCAUAACAACACAUGGCAAUCUUAAAAAUGAGUCAAUUGGUGAUUUACGGAAGAAAAUGGCGGUUGAUAUCUUUGCAGAAUUACAAAAUGACUAGGAUAAUGGAAGUUUGCAUCUUGCUGGUAUAUGAACGUGAUCGCAGGAAUGGUGCUUUAGAUUAUUGCAUCAAGAACAAUAUUUUUGCAUCAAG